AUGUGUCAGAGGAAGGAUUUGCAUCCCUGGGCUAUGAGAAAAUGCGUCGCUGAACUUGGGCCCCGACCGACUCGAAAUGAGGACUUUGAUCGCUUGAUGCUGGGCCACACGUUGAAUCAAGUUGUCAAGUUGUAUUGGAGCGAUGUUAAACUCGUCAAGAACAUCAUCGAGGACGACAAGGCGCAUUCUCCUCCUGGAGAAGCUUUAAGGGCGCGUGAAGGACUCCUGGUGAAGGUGCCUCAGGCACCUCUAACACAUUUCAUUAACAAGAGCGGUUCAACCGGCCGCAACCAUAACCGUGCCUACGCUCGCUCUUUCGUGAAGACUUCCAAGCUUCACAUCACAGUCAAGACCUGCGCUGCCACCCGCUUCCUGCUUCUGGGCCUUCUUUUCUACAAAAAUGAGUGA